AUGAGCCGAUCACGCGGUGUCUUGUUGAUUUUCAGAAAUGCGGCGUAUCGACUACCGUCUCUUAACUCUUUCUCCUCUUCGUCGUUUCCGUCAAGUUUGGGUAUUCGAGCAACGAACAAGGAGUUAAACCAGAUGAUAAGAUCGGGCUACAUCGGCGAAGCGAGAGAGAUUUUCGAGAAACUUGAGUCAAGGAACACGGUGACGUGGAACACGAUGAUAAGCGGGUACGUGAAGAGGAGAGAAAUGACGCAGGCACGGAAGCUGUUCGACGAAAUGACUGAGAGAGACGUCGUGACUUGGAACGCGAUGAUCUCGGGUUACGUUUCCUGCGGCGGAAUUAGGUUUCUCGAGGAAGCGAGGAAGCUGUUCGACGAAAUGCCUUCAAGAGAUUUCUUCACUUGGAACACGAUGAUUAGUGGAUACGCGAAGAAUCGGAGGAUAAACGAAGCUCUGUUGCUGUUCGAGAGAAUGCCUCAGAGAAACGCUGUGACUUGGAGCGCCAUGAUCAAUGGAUUUUGCCAGAACGGCGAAGUGAAUCGCGCGGUUGAGCUGUUCCGGAGAAUGCCUGAGAAGGAUUCGUCUUCUCUGUGUGCACUCGUCUCUGGACUUAUCAAAAACGAGAAGCUUGAAGAAGCUGCGUUGGUUUUGGCUCAAUACGGGAGUGUGGAUUCUGAAAAAGAAGAUUUGGUUUAUGCUUAUAACACUCUGAUUGUAGGUUAUGGACAGAGAGGACACGUUGUAGCAGCUCGACGUCUCUUUGAUCAGAUUCCUGAUAAUGGAGGAGGGAGGUUUCGUAGAAAUGUUGUUUCUUGGAACUCCAUGAUCAAAGCUUACUUGAAAGUGGGUGAUGUGGUCUCUGCUCGGUUGCUAUUUGAUCAGAUGAAAGAUCGAGAUACGAUUUCUUGGAACACGAUGAUCGGUGGAUACGUACACGUGUCUAAUAUGGAAGAUGCCUUUGCUCUGUUCUCGGAGAUGCCUAACCGAGAUACACACUCGUGGAACAUGAUGGUCUCAGGUUUCGCCAGCGUCGGCGAUGUGGAGCUCGCUCGUCGCUACUUUGAAAGAACGCCUGGGAAGAACACUGUCUCGUGGAACUCGAUCAUAGCUGCUUACGAGAAGAACAAGGAGUACAGAGAAGCUGUUGAUGUGUUUAUCAUGAUGGGAAUUGAAGGAGAGAAGCCUGAUCCUCACACUCUAACUUCUCUUCUCAGUGUAUCAACUGGGCUUGUGAAUCUACGGUUAGGAAUGCAGAUGCAUCAGAUCGUGAUGAAGAGUGUGAUCCCUGACGUUCCAAUCCAUAAUUCUCUUAUCACUAUGUAUUCGAGAUGUGGCUAUAUAGUAGAGUCGAGGAGGAUCUUCGAUGAAAUGAAACUUAGAAGGGAAGUGAUCACAUGGAAUGCAAUGAUUGGAGGAUAUGCUUUUCAUGGGAAUGCUUCAGAGGCUUUGAAUCUGUUCUGUUCAAUGAAAAGCAACGGGAUACGUCCUUCUCACAUAACGUUUGUCUCGGUUUUGAACGCUUGUGCUCAUGGUGGACUUGUUGAUGAGGCUAAACGGCAGUUUGUGUCAAUGGUUACUGAUUACAAGAUCGAGCCGCAGAUGGAGCAUUAUUCUUCUUUGGUUGAUGUAAUCUGUCGACAAGGGCUGUUUGAGGAGGCUAUGGAGGUUAUAAAGAGUAUGCCUUUUGAGGCAGAUAAGACGGUGUGGGGUGCGUUGUUGGAUGCUUGUAGGGUUUAUAGCAAUGUGAGGCUCGCUCAUGUUGCGGCUGAGGCGAUGUCGAGGCUUGAACCAGAGAGCUCGACACCGUAUGUGCUGUUGUACAACAUGUAUGCGGAUAUGGGACUGUGGGACGAAGCUUCUCAAGUGAGAUUGAUGAUGGAGAGUAAAAGAAUCAAGAAGGAAAGAGGAUCAAGUUGGGUUGACUCCUCAACGUAA